CCGGCAUUUUCCCACAACACCCCGCUCCUGCUUUUACAGAUGACGAAAAUGGCGGAUAACGCAUCAUCCGUUGAUGUCGUCGAAGGCUGUCGCCUUCCCGUUUUGCGCAAAAACCAAGAACACGAAGACGAAUGGCCAUUGGCUGAAAUCUUGAGUGUGAAGGAAGUCUCCUCAAGAAAACUCUACUAUGUACAUUAUAUUGACUUUAAUAAGCGUCUGGAUGAGUGGGUCACAUUGGAUCGAUUAGAUCUGAAAAAGCUCCAGUUUCCCAAAAAAGAAGCAAAGACUCCAACCAAGAAUGGUCUUCCAGGGUCACGGCCCAGCUCUCCAGAAAGAGAAGUGAAAUCCAGUGAAGCCAUCCAGCCAUUUAAAGGGAUUGUUCAUUCAGUGAAGGAGGUUCCCAGAGAUACUUUGAGGAAGAGUCUAGAUCUCAACGUACAAACCACAACCACAACCACAGCCACAGCUCCUUCCAGAGGCAAAACCCUCCCUGCACCGAAGAGAAAAGCCGAACCUCCUGCCCCCCUGGCUCCACAGGUGUCGCCCGCCCCCCCUGUGCCCUCUCUGCCAAGUUCAGCUGAAGCCUCUCAGGCAGCUGUGUAUCCGGCCGCACGAGAGAGCACCACCUUCAAGUCCAGAGAAGACCAUGAGCAGCUCACCUCGCUCACAACGAACGGCACCGCAGCAAGGCGUCUGAUUCCUCCUCAGCCCGGCAGGAAAAGGAAGGCCAACUGCGGAGGCACUGAUGAGAUGAUAAAGGUUUUGCAGUAUAACAAGCCUCAAAGUGCCAGUGUCUUUCUACCACCACCAGAGACAUUAUCUAAUGUGGGAGUUGUUCUCAACCAGGAUUCCCAGGACAGCUCUGAUGGGAUCCCCACAGCGCCUCGCAUGACAGGCAGUUUGGUGUCUGACCGUAGCCAUGACGACAUCGUCACGCGAAUGAAAAACAUAGAGUGUAUUGAGCUCGGGCGACACAGGCUCAAGCCCUGGUACUUCUCCCCAUAUCCACAGGAGCUGACAUCACUGCCCAUUCUCUACCUCUGUGAAUUCUGCCUCAAAUACGUCAAAAGUCUUAAGUGUCUCCAAAGACAUUUAACAAAAUGUAACCUACGACAUCCGCCCGGCAAUGAGAUCUACCGCAAAGGCACCAUUUCCUUUUUUGAAAUUGACGGCAGAAAAAACAAAACAUAUUCCCAGAACCUGUGUUUAAUCGCUAAAUGUUUCCUUGACCACAAAACCUUAUACUACGAUACUGACCCUUUCCUCUUUUAUGUAAUGACUGAAUAUGACUCCAAAGGAUUCCACAUAGUUGGCUACUUCUCUAAGGAGAAGGAAUCCACUGAAGAUUAUAAUGUGGCCUGCAUCCUAACCUUACCUCCAUACCAGCGCAGAGGCUAUGGCAAGCUGCUCAUUGAGUUCAGUUAUGAACUCUCCAAAGUAGAAGGGAAAACUGGCACUCCUGAAAAACCACUCUCCGAUUUAGGUCUUCUGUCCUAUCGCUCCUAUUGGUCUCAAACUAUUUUAGAAAUACUCAUGGACCUCAAACCUGACAAUGGGGAACGGCCUCAAAUAACCAUCAAUGAAAUUAGUGAGAUCACUAGCGUUAAGAAAGAAGAUGUUAUUUCAACGCUGCAGUACCUCAAUCUGAUCAACUAUUAUAAGGGUCAGUACAUCUUGACACUUUCAGAGGAGAUUGUGGAUGGACAUGAAAAAGCCAUGCAGAAGAGACAUCUGCGUAUAGACCCAAAAUGCCUUCACUUCACACCCAAGGACUGGAGCAAGAGGGGCAAGUGGUAGACCUCCCCCCCCACUAUUCACCUGAUCACAGGAACUACUACCGCUGUUCACGAAUUUAAAGUCCAGAACUCUUCAGAACACCGACGCAAGACUUUUACUUUAUGGACAAUUUAAAAAAACUGUGGGAUAAAGUACCACCAAGAAGAAGCUGCAACUACUGUGCAUCAGACUCUUUCUAUGUAGUUUGUUAUGUCAAGAUCGUGUAAGACAAACAUUUUUUAAUGGGAUGAAUCUGAAACAACCUCCAUGAUAUAUAAAAUCUAAAUAGAUAUGUUUAUUUGUUUACAGCAUUGAAAAUCUGUUAGUGAAAAAGUGAAAAAAGAAAGUGGAAAGUGGACAUUUUAUCUUUAUUUUUUAUGAUUGUUUUCAUAUAAAAUAAAUGCUAAUAUAUAGCACUCCAAAUUUAGCGGUGACUGUGUGAAUACAUUUUAUUCAUAGUAAUGUUAAUAUAUGUAAGUGGCACACUAAGCAAGUCAAAACAUUAUUAGGAGCAAUUUGUACAGUAUGUGGCCAAAUCUUUUAGCUAGUGGUGUAUGUUUGGACUGGUUGUUUUUGUAGGAAUAAUUGAACAUGUGAUGGUCCAAUUGUUUUCAUGCAAAUUAACCUGAUUCUUUAGUGCCUGAAUUUCCUACUUGAUAGGAGUGUCCACUUGCAAAAUAGAAAAAGUAAUCUACCUAAAAUGCAAAAUUCACAUUGAGUUUCCAUGUUUGUUUUGGAUUGUCACAUAAAUGUUGGUGUUUUUAUCUUUUACAUCAGACCCUGUGUGACUAUGCUGUGUGCAAUGAGACAAAUCAACAUAUCUUUUUAUGUUUCUGUAAAUGUACAAAUGAAAAUCUGAUUGUAAAAACAUAGAAAGGCCAUGUUGAGCUGUUACAGGAAUUUAAAUUAUGUAAACAGUACAGUUUUUACUCCCAAGAAAUCGCACAA